ACAUCUUGCUCGCUUAUCUUUCUCUCAGCGCUGCACUCAUACUUUCCGACAUGGAUGAACUAUCAUUGACAACUAUCCAAGAAACUGCGCUAGGAACUUCGCCUCAAAAAAAGGCUCUAAUUGUCGCCAUUGGGAAGACGUCCAGCCCAGGAUUGGCAGAAUUACGGUGUCCACAUCGCGACGCGAUAAAUAUUAGCCAGCUACUAAUCGACGUCUAUGGCUACAAGGCCGAGAACGUAGUCACGCUUUUGGACUCGAGCGACGGCGAUUCGCGUCGCAAAUUCAAACAGCCGACUCGGAAAAACCUGAUAUCACAUAUGAAAGUCUUGACACAUGAUGCCCAACCAGGAGAUCGAUUCUUCUUCUACUUUUCGGGGCAUAGUACGCAACAGAAUAAUGAGUCUGGUACCGAAGAAGAUGGACAGGAUGAAUAUUUGGUAACCAAGAGUGGAUCCUGUAUCCGAGAUAACGAUCUUCGAAAAUACCUUGUAGAACCCCUCCCUGCCGGUUGCCAACUCACGGCUGUUCUGGAUACAUGUCAUUCUGGAUCCUUAUUAGACUUACCACACUACCGUUGUAAUCGCGUUUUUGGCCGACGCAGAUCCGAAUCGUGGUGGAAAGUUCUCACAAACGAAUCAGAUGGGCCUAGUGAACCGGAAGAUGAUAUAUCUAAUUCUCAACGUGAAAUUGAACUCCAAGCCUUGAUCGACAAAAUCGACGCUAACGAGGAGGAAUCUGAUACUGACACCGAUUCUGACGAAUACAUAUUCAAUGUCAGGGGCAAGAUGUGCCUCUCUCCGGAUACGGACAGAUUCUGUUCUGGAUUUUGUAAAGCCUCUUGUGAGUCUCCAAAAGGAGCGAACGUGGUGUGCCUUUCUUCAUGCAAGGAUAGUCAGUCCACUUUGGAAAUCAAAGGCAAAGGAUAUUCGAUGACCAAUGUCUUGAUCGAAUAUUGUAGACGCCAACCUCAUCCUACGUUAAAGGAGCUCAUGCUGCACGUCAUACAAGAAACUCGGAAGAUGACAACCGGCCAACGGCAGACUUACGCAAAAGAGGUGAAGGCGUGGUGUCAAAAGCACGGACCCAUCCCGCCGUCGCAUUCACCGGCAAUCAAGGAGUAUUUGGAUAAGAACAUGAAGCAGGAUCCACAGCUCUUCAGUGAUCCUAAUCCAGUAGACAUGGAAAAAGUCUGUUGGGCUCCUUGAAAAAUUUCAAGUGUCUCGUUUUGAUGGCAUGAGCAUCAUAUUACUGAAAGAUCCUUAGUGUAAAUGCACUCGCGCUUUUAUAUGUGCGGUUAAUGUCGAUCUAUAAUGAUUAAUAAAAUAUAUAGACACUUUGCUGUGACGGGGAAAGGCGCGGAACAGGUCUAGACCAUUUUAUGAUGAUGGUGAUGAUAAUGGCUACUAAAUAAUCGGUGACAGCAGUUCAACAGCAGUUAAUUGGUGUCAAUUAGUGGCAGUACGCAAUGUAGAGUUAGAAUCGCAGGGCUGUUCUCAAACGAAGUGAAUGGCAAGAAUGGGUUACAUCUGUGGCAAACGCGACAUGGGGACUAACUACGAAAUAUACAGCUA